GCUGGCUCUUGACAAGAAUUUGCAUUCAGAAAACAUCAUCCCGCGUGCCGUAAUCAGUGAAUUCGCCGAAUUCGGCGUCGUCCUUCCCUUUCGGCACGGAACACCAGCGUCGGCGGCCGAAAGGCCGAAUCUGCCGUCAUGUGGAGCUGCCACAAAUGCGGCAAACCGGUCUAUUUCGCCGAGAGGAAGCAGUCGCUGGGCUACGACUGGCACCCUGAGUGUCUGAGGUGCGAGGAAUGCGGCAAAAGGCUCAACCCAGGCCUUCACGCUGAGCACAAAGGAGUUCCAUACUGCCACGUUCCAUGUUACGGCGCGCUGUUCGGGCCGCAACUUUUCGGCCACGGCACGCGGGUCGAGUCGCACUCGAGCUUCGGCAAGGUGGAAAACAAGACGCACCUGCCGCGAACUCACCUGGAGAGCAAGUUGAAGGUGUACAACCAGUAUUGCGACGGCAAAAGCGGCGAGAUCAAGAGCAGGUACGUCAACGGCCGGCUCGUGUUGGAGGGCACGCUGCGCAUCUGCUGGGGCGUCAUGCACAUGAUCCACCUCAAGGAGGACGACGACCAGCGGGUCACCGUGCAGCUCAAGAAGAAGAAAAAGAAAAAGCACCGAAAGCCGUUCAGGAGGGCCAAUUCCGCAGGAAAUACCAGUGAUCAAUGGGACGAGCUGGACGAGCUUCUUCAGGUCGAAAGGAAAGACACAAACGACAAGGUGUUCAAGACAAUGCCCACGAGCGGCAUGCCGACGAACCACGAGGAGGAGCCUGAGGUUGAAGCCAAUGGCGAAAAAACGCCUGCUCCUUUGGCCGCACCUGCCGAGUUCUCUGACGACCCUGAGGAAGAGGCGGCGGCGCUGGAAAACGAGCCGAGACAGAGUGCGGGCUCAACCGCCAUCAGGAGGAGGUCUGGCCAAAGACGGUCUCGCACCAAAAUCAAACGACGCUGCUCAAUCAACGGCCACUUCUACAACCGGGAGACGAGUUUCUUCCUGCCGCCGCACGGCAGCCAGAUGAGCGUCUGGGUCACCUCGCUGGUCAACACUUCAGAGGUGGUCAAUCUCAUCCUCGAAAAGUACAGGGUCGACAGUAACCCCAACAACUUUGCUCUCUUCGUCGUCCACGACAAUGGAGAGCAAAGGAGGUUAAGAGAAGAGGACUACCCUCUGGUGGCGCGAGUCAUGCUGGGCCCGCACGAGGACGUGGUCAAACUGUUCUUGAUGGACGCACAGAGCACUCAGGAAAUCUCCAACGAGGUGGCCCAAUUCCUCAACUUCAGCACGGCCGAGUGCAAGGCCAUUCUCGACCGCUACGGUCAGGAGGAAGACAACGAGGUCAAAAAAAUCAAAGCAAAGUACCGGGAGAUGCGGAGGCGAAUCAAACAGCGAAUGGAAGAGUUGAAGGUUCGUCUGUGAUUUUUUUUCUGGUGCCCGGCCCAGUCGGCAGCUGGACUAGAACCCCUUGCACGUGCCUCCCUAACUGCAAACGCAACAAUCGGCUUGAACGAAUAAUAAGUUACCUGCUGUUUAGACAAAAUGCAUCAAAAUUAGAAAGAAGAGUGUAUUAUUAUGAAAUAUAUUAUAAAUGUUUAGCCGGUCCGAGUGACCGAGCAGCAAAUGAACGCAGAUUUAGAACUCACCCAGUAACUGGAACUUGAACAAACAAACAAAAAAACGUAACUAAGUCUUCGAUCAAACUUUUUUGAGAUUUUCUCUGCUCUGUUCUUUGACUAACUGAAAUCUGAAAGCAUUCCAAGUUGAAGAAACAAAGCGUAAUACUCCUUUUGUAUGCCAACUUGAGUUGGAAAUUUGAAAUUUUAUUUAACCGUCUGGUUAUCAUUUUGUUUACGUAUAUGUAUUUUUUAAAGCUAAUAAAUUUUACAACUGAAUUUUAUAUCUAA